AUGGAGUUUCUUUCUCAUCUACUAGCCAUUACUGGAAUUUUAGUUCUGCUUUUCUUGUUCCUAUGGAGGGUGAGAUUUCAAAAACACAAAAUCAAGGGUCUCACGAUGUCACCGGAACCCUAUGGCGCCCUGCCAAUUAUAGGUCACCUCCAUCAAGUAGGUGGCCAAAACCCACUUCACCGAACCUUAGCGACGAUGGCUGACAAGUAUGGUCCAAUCUUUACUAUAUGGCUCGGCAGGCACCGUACCCUGGUGAUCAACAACUACGAAGCCGUCAAGGAAUGUUUCACUACCAACGACAGAGUUUUCGCCACUAGACCAGCUUCUGCAAUGGGAAAACACCUUGGUUUCAACUAUGCCGUAUUCGCGCUCUCCCCGUAUGGAAAAUAUUGGCGUGACAUUAGAAAGUUGGUCGUGAGGGAGUUGCUCUCUAGUCCUAGGCUAGAGACUCUGAAACACGUACACAUCUCUGAGGUUGAUGCUUUUGUUAAAGGGUUGUAUUCACUUUGCAAAAACAAAGGACAUGAUGCUGCAAGCAAGGUGAUGAUCAGUGAGUUGAUUGAGCACCUGACAUUGAACGUGAUCACUAAAAUUAUCGCUGGGAAGAAAUACUUUGGUAGCGAAAGCGAUGAAUUUGGUGAAGAGGAAAAGAGGAUUAGAAACACUAUUAAGGACUUUAUGCAUACAGCCGGACGGCCAGUUCUUUCUGAUGUAAUUAGGUUUCCAGAGUCGAUAGAUUUCACCGGUCAAUUGAAAAGAAUGAAGAAUAUAGGUCGCCAACUAGACUCUUUGACGACAAGUUGGGUUGAAGAACAUCAUACAAAGAAGCAGAAGAGUGACUUAAGCAACCAGGAGCAGGAUUUCAUUGAUGUCCUGCUGGCUGAGAUCGAAAACGGUUCUAUGGCUGGCCAUACUAAGGAUACUAUUAUCAAAUCAACAGCAAUUACUCUCGUCUUUGCUGGUUCAGAAACCACUGCAACCAGCUUGACAUGGAUCCUCUCUUUACUACUAAACAACAGACAUACCUUAAAGAUAGCACAAGAAGAGUUAGAUCAAAGGGUUGGCAGGAAGAGAUGGGUGGCAGAUACUGACAUUAAAAACCUGGUGUACCUCCAGGCCAUUGUCAAAGAAGCACUGCGUCUGUACCCACCAUCUCCACUCGCUCUUCCUCAUGAAGCAAUGGAGGACUGCAAAGUUGGAGGCUUCCACAUUCCAAAAGGUACGCAUUUGUAUGUGAAUAUAUGGAAGCUUCAUAGGAAUCCAAGUGUGUGGCCAAACCCAGAAGUCUUUUCCCCAGAAAGAUUUCUUACAAGCCAUGCAGGCGUAGACGCUUCAGGUCAUCAUUUUGAGUUUAUUCCUUUUGGGUCUGGAAGAAGAGUUUGCCCAGGUAUUACCUUUGCAUUUCAAGUUGUUCAUUUGACUGUUGCGAGGUUGAUUCAAGGGUUUGAAUUGGCAACGCCACUGGACAAGCCAGUGGAUAUGACUGAAGGAUUUGGAAUUAGUAUGCCAAGGGCAACCGACCUAGAAAUUGUCUUAAAACCACGUUUGGCUUUUGAAUUAUAUCCACAAUAGGUAGCAAUUGAGAUCAGUACUAUGCUACCAUGCAUGCUUUAAAAGAAAAGUUAAGGUCGAGGUGUAGCUAGAAUUGUGAUCACUGCUUGGUCAUCUAGUG